AUGGCAAAUGCACAAGUGCCUGUUGCUUUCCUGUUGGGAGAUGGCCCGGUUCAGGUUUUCUGUCCAAAGUGCAAUCAGACAGUUCUCACCAAGGUGGACUACACCGCCGGUCUGCUCACAUACCUUUUCUGUGGAGGACUCUUCCUCUGUGGCUUUGUUUUAGGUUGCUGCCUCAUCCCCUUCUGUGUGGACCGGCUGAAAAAUGCAGAGCACUCCUGCCCAACCUGCAAGACUCAACUUGGUGUCUAUAAACGCUUAUAG